AUGAUACUACGCGGCGUUUUCAUCACCUUUUUGCUGUUAUUAGCGGCAAGUGGUCGCCCUUCGAAUGAUACGUUGGAUUUAGAAGCUGUCGCGGAUCCGAAGGCGAAAGACGCAGAACGCAACCUCCAACGCACACUCUCCGUCGUCGAGCAUCGAAGCGCUUUGGGCCGCAUUGUGCUACUCGUAUGCCAAAAAGCUUGCAAGCCGCUGCGCGCUAUUGUGCCCGAGCUGGUGCGCGACUACAACGAGCUGAAGGAGUACAGCAGUGAUGACCUGAUCUCGUACCACUAUCAUUAUCUACGCGGGUCGUUGCCGUUUUACAACACGAGUCGCGUCAAUAAACGCCCCGCGGUGUUGUACAUCUCGGCGGGCAGCGUGGAAGAGUACGAGGGGGAUCCGAGUGAUCGGACGACAUUCCUCGAAUGGCUGCGCAGCGUUGACAAAAGCGAUGUCCUGAUCCCGAAAUCACAUCAGGAAUUAGAUGCGUAUCUGACCGAAGCCGAGCAAUGCCAGAACGCCUUUCUCCUCAUUAUUCACGACCCAAACAAAUGCCCCUAUGAUUUCUGGCGAAACGUGGCUCGUGUCGUCUACGCUGGUACCAAGAUACCAACCAUACUGUUGGAACGGCCAAUCGAGAAUCAGAUUGCUGUGACGCUUUUCCGCCGGCUCGUCUCGAUGCCCCAAGAUUGUUUACUGGUUUCCUUGAUCCACCAUAACCAGUAUACCAAGCCUUUUGUGGAGCUGGCGCCCGCGGAGAUACUCGAAAAUGUCCGCCGAACACUCGAGUUCUCCACCUGCUUAUAUGAGCCGGAUGGAAAAAUAUUCACAAAGACUGGCAUCCGCUCCUCACUCACCGAUCUUCAGAUGGAAUAUUACGCGACCGACUACGACUUGAAAAAGCUUGAACACAAAACUUCGUACAUUGCUGUCGGCCUGGCUGGUGGUAUCGCCGUCAUUGCGCUGGCCAUCUCGAUUUUCUGGGGUCUCAACGGGUCGGCCUUUACGAGAGAA